CGGGGCGAGGGAGGCGGCGGGAGCGUGGGCAGAAGGCGCGCCGCCUGAGGCCGGAGGAGCCGCCCGCGUCCCCGCCCGGCCCGCGCCUAUGCGGCACUUGAAGGAUGGCGAAGAGGUCGCGCAGUGAGGAUGAGGAUGAGGAUCUUCAGUAUGCUGAUCAUGAUUAUGAAGUACCACAACAAAAAGGACUGAAAAAACUCUGGAACAGAGUGAAAUGGACAAGAGAUGAGGAUGAUAAGUUAAAGAAGUUGGUUGAACAACAUGGAACUGAUGAUUGGACUCUAAUUGCUAGUCAUCUUCAAAACCGUUCUGAUUUUCAGUGCCAACAUCGAUGGCAGAAAGUUUUAAAUCCAGAAUUGAUAAAGGGUCCUUGGACUAAAGAAGAGGAUCAAAGGGUUAUUGAGUUAGUUCAAAAAUAUGGACCAAAAAGGUGGUCUUUAAUUGCAAAACAUUUAAAAGGAAGAAUAGGCAAGCAGUGUAGAGAAAGAUGGCACAAUCAUCUGAAUCCUGAAGUAAAGAAAUCUUCUUGGACAGAAGAAGAAGACAGAAUCAUCUAUGAAGCACAUAAGCGGUUGGGAAAUCGUUGGGCAGAAAUUGCCAAACUACUUCCUGGAAGGACUGAUAAUUCCAUUAAAAACCAUUGGAAUUCUACAAUGCGAAGAAAAGUGGAACAGGAGGGCUACUUACAAGAUGGGAUAAAAUCAGAACGAUCUUCAUCAAAACUUCAACACAAACCUUGUGCGACUAUGGACCAUUUGCAAACCCAGAAUCAGUUUUACAUACCUGUUCAGAUUCCUGGUUAUCAGUAUGUAUCACCUGAAGGCAAUUGUGUAGAGCAUAUUCAGACUUCUGCCUUUAUUCAGCCAUCCUUUGUUGAUGAAGAUCCUGAUAAAGAAAAGAAAAUAAAGGAACUUGAGUUGCUUCUUAUGUCAGCUGAGAAUGAAGUUAGAAGAAAGCGACUUCCAUCUCAACUUGGAAACUUAGCUGCCUGGUCGGGUAGUUUUCUCAUGGAUGAUAGCAUGUCUAAUACUCUAAAUAACCUCGAGGAUCAAGCUACUGAGUUUUAUGGCAUGGAUGAAAAUCAAACUGUGUCCGUGCAGCAGAAUUCACCCACGAAGUUCCUGGCUGUAGAGGCGAAUGCUGUGCUGUCUUCUCUACAGACCAUCCCAGAGUUUGCAGAGACCCUAGAACUUAUUGAAUCUGAUCCUGUAGCAUGGAGUGAUGUUACCAGUUUUGAUCUUUCUGAUGCCGCUGCUUCUCCUGUCAAGUCCACCCCAGUUAAACUAAUGCGAAUUCAACACAGUGAAGGAGCCAUGGAAUGUCAAUUUAGUCUUGUACUCGAAGGGAAGAAAAACAGUUGUGAUGGAAACAGUGAGGCAGUUCCUGCAGCAUCCCCAAGUGCAGCCAAGUUUAGCACUCCACCAACCAUCCUCAGAAAGAAGAGAAAAAUGCGAGUGAAUCAGUCUCCAGGUAGCGAACUUGGUGAAGGCUCAUUCAUUGAUGGCGUUAACACAGCAUUAAAACACACACCAGUGAAAACACUACCAUUUUCUCCUUCACAGUUUUUCAACACAUGUCCUGGAAAUCAACAACUUAAUAUAGAAAAUCCCUCAUUUACAUCAACCCCUAUUUGUGGGCAAAAAGUUCUUAUUACAACUCCUCUUCAGAAAGAAGCAACUCCUAAAGAUCAAAAAGAAAAUGUAGGGUUUAGAACACCUACUAUUAGAAGAUCUAUGUUGGGUACCACACCGAGAACGCCUACUCCUUUUAAGAAUGCACUUGCUGCUCAAGAGAAAAAGUAUGGGCCUCUUAAAAUUGUGUCCCAGCCUCUUGCCUUCUUGGAGGAAGAUAUUCGAGAAGUUUUAAAAGAAGAAACUGGAACUGACAUAUUCCUCAAAGAGGAAGAUGAAUGUGCUUAUAAAAGCUGCAAACAGGAGCAUACUACUUCUGUGAAGAAAGUGAGAAAAUCACUAAUCUUGGAUAAUUGGGAAAAAGAAGAACCAGGCACCCAACUACUGACUGAAGACAUUUCAGAAAUGCCGUCACAAAAUAUAUUCACAACAUCCUUAUUAGUGAUACCACUAUUGGAAAUACAUGACAGUAGGUGCAACUUGACUCCUGAGAAACAAGAUAUAAAUUCAGCCAACAAAACAUAUACACUCACUAAAAAGAAACCAAACCCUAACACUUGCAAAGUUGUUAAAUUGGAAAAGCAUGUUCAGUCAAAUUGUGAAUGGGAAACAGUAGUUUAUGGGAAGACAGAAGACCAGCUUAUCAUGACUGAACAAGCAAGAAGAUAUUUGAGUACUUACACAGCUACCAGCAGCACUUCAAGAGCUCUAAUACUGUAAUUCUUAUUAAAACGGAUGAAAUGUCCCAUUGCUUUACUGUAUUUUAUAUGGAAUUAGGUUACAAUGAAAUUUUUCCCAGUUAUUUGUAAAGUUUUAAUACAGCCCUGAAACAGUUUACAUCUGUUUUCCAUAUUGAGCAGGCAGAAAAGCUAAUAAGCCACUUAAGAGGUGGGCAAUUUCAUUGCUUAUUUUUUUAAAGAAAUGAGAUUUUUAAAAAUUGUUUUUACAGAUAGGAAAAAAUAUUCAUGAAUACUCCAAAAGUAAAUUCUCACACAUUCUCUUCACAGGGUAUAUGUUGCUACCCUCUGGAGGCUGCAGUUUUGUUACAGACAAGUAUAUGAGAAUGUGAGAUCUCUGAAAUUAGUCUAUGCAUGGAAUGCACACAUGUGCUGAUUUACUUAGGCUACCAUUCACAACGAAACACAGUGGGAAGGUGUCUAAAGGAAAACAGAAAGUUGCACUACUCAUUCUUGGUAUUUUUCAAACACAGUAAAAUUAACUACAGUGUUAAGUGUAUUUAUUUGAGCAUAGUACUUAAAAAGCGUUGAAAAGGGUUUUUUUUCCCUUAGUAAAGAGUCAGUAUUUUCUUCAUAAAAUCUCAGAAGAGCUGAGUUUUGUUGAAUGUAUUGUAUAGUAUGUAGAAGCAGGAAAAAAUUUGUAAAUUGGAAGGAAAUCUGUUUUUAUAAUUUAUUUUCAUUUUUAAAGCUUAAAUGUAGAUAUUUAUUUGUAUUCAGGGUGUCUAGAAGUCAAUGUUGUUUCCUGUCAUUAUAGAUAACAUAGUAAAGAAUAAUUUUGACCUUUAAAUAUGAAACAGUAAGUUAUAGCUGCAAAGAAUACAAUAUCUAUACUGUAUGUCACAUCUACCUAAAUAUUGCACUAUACCCUUUAAAUCAUGUUGGUUAUAAAAUAGUUUUAAAAAUGUACUAAAUAAUAAUUUAAUAUUUUCUUUUUAAAUUAUAUUGGGGGUCAUAUAAAUUAAUCUGGUGAUUUGUAUAUGUAUUUGAAACUUUUGAAUUUUGUUUAAAAAUGAUAUGGUACCUUGGUCCCUGAGAAUAGCCUGCACUUAGAAGUUUAUUAUAUUUACUCAAAGUUUCAGAAGUAGAAAACAUCUUUUAUUUAUAAAAAUAUUUUGUCCUUUUAUAAAUGUUUUAUGUUUUUUUACAGGUUACAACAGUUGCUUCAGUUGCCUAUUUUAGGUGUUUGCACUUAUUUUAUUUCUUGAAAGAAUGUCUUUAUUUGCUUUUGUCGUAGAGAUUUUAUGUAAUUUUUUGAGACAUAUAAUGGUGUGCUGUCAAUUUAAACACUGACAGGUAAAUAGAAUUGUACACUGUAGUUUGAAUUAUUUAUAAUUGACACACUCUCUCCCUCUCCACUCCUGAAGUAUGCUGCUAUAAAAAAUAGCAGAAUCGGCUUGCUGCUAUGAGAGAUGGAAAGAGCGACCACCACUUGCACUGUGUGAAAAGAUAAAAAGCAAAUGAUGGCAAGUUCUCAAGUUAACUUAAUGGAAUCAACCAUUACCAGGCAAAUUCUCAACAAAUACCAAAAUACUCUGCCUUAAAACGAAAAGAGUUUAAAUUUUUUUGAUGUGUUUUUAUGUUAAUAGAAAUAGAAGUGCUGAGUAUUUUAAUGCUUAACUCUUGAACAAUAGACCUAUAAGGUUUUAAACUAUUUAAAUCCACUUGCUAGUUUUUGCAUACUAUAUGUUAGUGAGAAGUAAAGAAUAUGUAUGGUACUAAGAUUAUGCCUCAUGAUAACAGAUAGAUAAGCCGAUUGAAUCUUCUUAGCAUGUUUUUUAAGUAUGUUGGAUUGCUUUCUAAUUAAUGAACUUCUCACAGAAAAUUUCACUUUGUAAAACCAAUGAUUGUGGCAAAAUCACACUGGAUCAUUCCAGUUACCUUGAACUAAUAAUACAUAAUGGCUUUUGUUCCUUGGUUUUUAGAAAAUGUAGCCCUUAGCUGGAUUGGAUGCACAUGGUUUCCAAUCAUCAGAGUAUAAUACCUUGGAAAAGUUACGUUUUUUAGAGCAUAGUUUUUCUUGAGCAUUAAGUUAUCCCUAAUGGUAAUAUAUUGUGGAUAAGCCUGGGCUUAUUGGACCUAGUACAUAUUUGGGUUGGUAUUGGUUGAAUCUUCUAGUUAACCUGCUUUGUUGCUUUUGCAAGAUUUUUAAUCAUAAACAUGUCAGGCAUCUUAAGUCACCUUUUUUUAAACUGUUGUGCUCAUUUGAAUUUUUUUCCAUAUGUUAUAAAAUGCCAGACAUACAUGUAGCAGCCAUACUUGCAUGGAAACUGACUACACAUAUAUCAUACUGCAUUUUGUUUGUAAGGUUUUCGCAUUAAUACAGCAAUUAUCCUGAUUACAUUGAAUUUUUUGGUAUAUGAGAAAAUUUUCCUUUACAAGAGAAUCUUGCAUACAAUGCUGACAUUUAUUAACAUCCAAAUAAAACAUUGUGUACAAGCUGA